UUUGCGUUUGACAGAAAUUGUCGAGAAUUGAGGUGUGAUUUGUGAGGAUUUGUUUGUUCGAGUAGCGCAUUUUAAGAUAAAUAGCGCUUAUUACAACUUAGAAACUUGUGUGAAGUGCGUUAAAAGGAUUUGCCAAUUCAUUAAAAUAAGUGUAAUAACGCCGCCGCCCUGUUGAACUUUGUACGUAUUUCGGUCAAAACGUGAAUUCGGGCGUCGACCGGUCCCAUCCCUCCUUCACUCGCAGGCCGCAGCACAGCCGUUGCUGUCAGUCCGACUCCGUCGUGUUCGUGUCAGUCGCGUUGAAUCCUCAUUUUGUGAGUGUCGUGCAGCCGUUGUGCACGAUUAUAACCGGUGUUCUAUCGACGUGUGGUGUGUGUCGGUCUAGCGACCGUUUAAUGUGGUACACAGUGCCGGUGUUAGGUCAUCGCAAGGGUCGCGCGUGAUCGGGCGCGAUGGUGGACAUGGAUAGGAACGACCCGGAGCUCCGGUACCUGUCGGUCGAUCGGAACAGUUUCAACGACCCGGCGACCCAGGCGGAAUGGACUCGCAAACGGCUAGUAUGGGUUCCACACCCUACCCAAGGUUUCGUCGCAGCUGGCAUCAAGGGGGAACAUGGAGACGAGGUGGAGGUCGAGAUCGCGGAGUCGGGCAAGCGGAUGCUGGUGCCCAUAGAUGAUAUCCAGAAGAUGAACCCUCCCAAAUACGACAAGGUAGAGGACAUGGCAGCGUUAACUUGCCUCAACGAAGCCUCGGUUCUGCACAACAUUAAGGACAGAUACUACUCUGGACUAAUCUAUACCUACUCCGGGCUCUUCUGUGUGGUGGUCAACCCAUACAAGAAGCUGCCCAUCUACACGGAGGCGAUCAUGGAGCGGUAUAAAGGCAUCAAGCGACAUGAGCUGCCACCGCACGUCUUCGCCAUCACAGACACAGCGUACCGGAGCAUGUUACAAGACCGAGAAGACCAGUCCAUCCUCUGUACGGGAGAGUCGGGCGCGGGCAAAACAGAAAACACCAAAAAGGUGAUACAGUACCUUGCGUACGUCGCCGCAUCCAAACCCAAAGGCUCUGGCGCGGGGCCUACGCCACAAUUGAUAAUAGGUGAAUUAGAACAACAGUUACUACAGGCGAAUCCGAUUUUAGAAGCAUUUGGUAACGCGAAAACAGUCAAAAACGACAACUCAUCUCGAUUCGGCAAAUUCAUAAGAAUAAACUUCGACGCGUCCGGGUACAUCGCCGGUGCGAACAUCGAAACGUACUUACUCGAGAAAUCGAGAGCCAUCAGACAAGCGAAAGAUGAGCGGACAUUCCACAUAUUCUACCAACUUCUAUCAGGCGCGACGCAGCAACAAAAGGCUGAAUACAUCCUAGAAGACCCAAAAAGUUACCCUUUCCUCUCGAAUGCGGCUUUACCAGUACCAGGCAUCGAUGACGCGGCAGAGUUCCAGGCCACAAUCAAAUCCAUGAAUAUCAUGGGAAUGAACAACGAAGACUUCAACUCGAUCUUCAGAAUAGUGUCUGCAGUGCUUCUGUUUGGUUCAAUGCAGUUCAAGCAGGAGAGGAAUUCAGAUCAGGCCACGUUACCCGAUAAUACUGUAGCGCAGAAAAUUGCACAUUUGCUUGGUCUUUCUGUAACAGAAAUGACGAAAGCGUUCUUGAAACCCAGAAUAAAAGUGGGCCGCGACUUCGUAACGAAAGCACAAACUAAGGAACAGGUAGAGUUCUCAGUAGAAGCGAUAGGCAAAGCCUGCUACGAGCGUCUGUUCAGAUGGCUCGUCAACAGGAUCAACAGAUCGCUCGACAGAACGAAGAGACAAGGCGCGUCUUUCAUAGGAAUCCUCGAUAUGGCAGGUUUCGAAAUCUUCGAACUGAACUCCUUCGAACAGCUCUGCAUCAACUACACUAACGAGAAGCUGCAGCAACUCUUCAAUCACACGAUGUUCAUCCUCGAACAGGAAGAGUACCAGAGAGAAGGAAUCGAGUGGAAGUUCAUCGACUUCGGCUUGGAUUUGCAGCCAACCAUCGACCUUAUCGAUAAACCGAUGGGUAUCAUGGCGUUGCUGGAUGAGGAGUGUUGGUUCCCUAAAGCCACGGAUAAGACUUUCGUAGAGAAACUUGUUGCGUCACACUCUGUCCACCCCAAGUUUAUGAAGACUGAUUUCCGUGGUGUGGCAGACUUCGCCAUUAUUCACUAUGCAGGAAAAGUUGACUAUUCUGCUGAUAAAUGGCUGAUGAAGAACAUGGACCCGCUCAAUGAAAACGUCGUAUCAUGUCUCCAAUCUUCUCAAGAUCCAUUUGUGUGCCACAUAUGGAAGGAUGCAGAAAUUGUUGGCAUGGCACAGCAAGCCUUGACUGAUACGCAAUUCGGUGCCAGAACGAGGAAGGGAAUGUUCAGAACUGUGUCCCAAUUGUACAAGGAGCAAUUAACAAAAUUGAUGGCGACGUUACGGAAUACAAACCCGAAUUUCGUCAGAUGUAUCAUUCCCAACCACGAGAAGAAGGCUGGUAAAAUUGAGGCACCUUUGGUUCUGGAUCAGUUGCGAUGCAAUGGUGUGCUGGAAGGUAUUAGGAUUUGCCGACAGGGCUUUCCGAACAGGAUACCCUUCCAGGAGUUCAGACAGCGGUACGAACUGCUCACCCCGAACAUCAUAACUCCUAAAGGUUUCAUGGAUGGAAAGAAAGCCUGCGAGCAGAUGAUAAAGGCGUUGGAACUCGACCACAAUUUGUAUUGCGUUGGUCAGUCCAAGAUCUUCUUCAGAGCUGGUGUGUUGGCGCAUUUGGAAGAGGAGAGAGAUUAUAAGAUCACGGAUUUGAUCGUGAACUUCCAAGCUUUCUGCCGAGGAUACCUGGCAAGGAGAAACUACCAGAAGAGGUUGCAGCAGUUGAAUGCGAUCAGAAUAAUCCAGAGGAAUUGUGCCGCAUACCUCAAGCUGAGAAAUUGGCAAUGGUGGAGACUUUAUAUUAAGGUGAAACCUCUGCUAGAAGUAACGAAACAAGAAGAGAAGUUGACGCAGAAGGAAGAUGAGCUAAGACAGAUCAGGGAGCGCCUGGACACGCAGAUGAAGCGCUGCCAGGAGUAUGAGGCCAAGUACCAGCAGGCCAGCGCUGAGAAGACGCAGCUGGCAGAGCAGUUGCAGGCGGAGCUAGAGCUUUGUGCGGAGGCGGAAGAGAGUCGCGCCAGAGCCGCGGCGCGGAAGCAAGAGCUGGAAGAGCUGUUACACGACCUGGAAGGCCGCAUUGAGGAAGAGGAGGAGCGCUGCAACGCUCUGCAGCAGGAGAAGAAGCGGCUGCAGCUCAAUAUACAGGACCUAGAAGAGCAGCUGGAAGAAGAGGAAGCGGCACGGCAGAAGUUACAGCUGGAGCGAGUACAGUGCGACUCCAAGAUUAAGAAGCUGGAAGAAGAUCUAGCGCUUAGUGAGGACACCAACCAGAAACUGCUCAAGGAGAAAAAGAUAUUAGAAGAGCGUGCAAACGACCUGUCCCAAGCGUUGGCAGAGGAGGAAGAAAAGGCCAAACAUUUGAGCAAACUGAAGGCCAAGCAGGAAUCUGCUAUUGCCGAACUGGAAGAAAAAUUACUUAAGGACCAUCAACUACGACAAGAGGCGGACAGAGCAAAGAGAAAGCUGGAGACAGAGUUGCAAGAUGUGAAAGAACAGCUCUCCGAGAGGAAGGUUCAGCUUGAGGAGUUGCAGAUCGUUUUGACGAAACGUGAGGAGGAACUUGCAGCCGCGAUGGGCCGCGUGGAUGAAGAGAGCGCCCAGCGCGCCGCCGCACAGAAAGCCGCCCGCGAGGCCGAGGCAGCACUAGCCGAGGCGCAUGAAGACCUGGAAGUCGAAAGGGCUGCGAGAACCAAGGCAGAGAAGCUAAGAAGGGAUCUCAACGAAGAGCUGGAGGCGCUGAAGAGUGAGCUGCUGGACUCGCUGGAUACUACUGCUGCACAACAAGAACUUCGGUCGAAGCGAGAACAAGAAGUGGCGGUGCUAAAGAGAAGUCUGGAAGAAGAGGCGAGCGCCCACGAGGCAGCACUCGCCGAGCAUCGACACAAACACUCGCAAGAGUUGCAGUUGCUCAACGAACAGCACGACCAGCUGAAGAAGACUAAAGCUGCUCUGGAGAAAGCUAAACAAGCUCUGGAGGCGGAAAAUGCAGACCUGGCGACAGAAUUGAAGUCCGCCAGCGCGGCGAAGGCUGAAGGAGAGAGGAGAAGGAAACAGGCGGAAGCUCAGCUGCAAGAGGUCACCGCCAAGCUGCAAGAAGUAGACCGGGCCAGGUCGGAAUUAGCGGAGAAAUGCAUCCGUCUGCAGAGUGAAGCGGAGCAAGCGUUACAGCAGUUGGAGCAGGCCGAGCUCAAAGCCUCCGCGGCCGUCAAGCAAGCCGCCACCGCGGGCGCGCACCAUGCCGAAUUACAGGCACUCCUGGAAGAAGAAACCAAGCAAAAGCUGGCGUUGCAAUCGAGACUGCGUAAUGUGGAGCAACAAUUGGAGCAGGCCAGAGACCAGCUGGAGGAAGAGGAAGAGGCCAAGAAGAACCUUGACAAGCAGGUGACAGCCCUGACACAGCAACUAGUCGACGCGAAGAAGAAGGCGGAAGAGGAAGCGGAAUUAGCGGCGGCCCUGGAGGAGCAGCGCAAGAAGCUCAGCAAGGAUAUGGAGGCGCUGCACAGACAGCUGGACGAGCUGAAGCAGGCCAACGACAAGCUGGACAAGAGCAAGAAGAAAAUACAAGAGGAGUUGGAGGAUACGAACAUCGAACUCAAAGCGCAGCAAGCCAAGGUGCAGGAACUGGAGAAGAAACAGAAGAACUUUGAUAAGGUGGUGGCGGAAGAGCGCGCAGUAGCAGAGAGGAACGCGGCGGAGAGGGACGCGGCGGAACGCGACGCGCGAGACAAGGAAACUAGGUUAUUGUCCCUCACGAGGGAACUGGACUCCGCUGCCGAGAGGAUCGAAGAAUUAGAACGAUCGAAACGCGUCCUACAGUCGGAAUUGGACGAGCUGGUCAACUCCCAAGGCACUGCAGACAAGAGUGUCCACGAGCUGGAGAAGGCCAAGCGAGCCCUGGAAUCACAACUAGCGGAACUGAAGGCGCAGAACGAAGAGAUAGAAGAUGACCUGCAGCUCACUGAAGAUGCCAAGCUACGGCUGGAGGUCAACAUGCAGGCGAUGAGAGCGCAGUUUGAGAGAGAUCUGCAGGCAAAGGAAGAAGCAGGGGAAGAGAAGCGUCGAGGCAUCGUCAAACAGCUCAGAGAACUAGAAAGCGAAUUGGAAGAAGAAAGGAAACAGCGUGCGGCGGCCGUCGCGGCCAGGAAAAAACUGGAGGCUGAACUAAAGGACAACGAGCAAGCAUUACACCUCAACAAUAAGUUAAAAGAAGACGCAAUCAAACAAGCCAAAAAGGCGGCCGUACAGCUCAAAGAGGCGGUGCGCGAGGCGGAAGAGGCGCGAAGUGGCAAGGAAGAGGCGGUGGCGCUGGCGCGCGAGGCGGAGCGGCGCGUCAAGGCGCUGGAAGCCGAGGCGCUGCAGCACGCCGAGGAGCUGGCCGCGGCCGAACGCGCCAGGAGGCACGCCGAGGCGGAGCGCGACGACCGGGACGACGAGCUCACCGCCGCUGCGGCUAAGGUGACACUUCUAGUGGACGAAAAGAAACGGCUGGAAGCGCGGAUAGCGGCGCUCGAGGAAGACCUGGAUGAGGAGCAGUCCAACAAUGAGAUCAUCAACGACAGGCUCAGGAAAUCACAGAACCAAAUCGACCAGCUCACAGUGGAGUUGGGAACAGAAAAGGCUGCAACCCAGAAGCUGGAGAGCAGCAAGCUGGUGCUGGAGCGACAGAACAAGGAGCUCAAGGCCAAGCUCGCCGAGCUGGAGACCGCCGGCCGCGCCAAGACCAAGGGCGUCAUAACAUCGCUAGAGCUGAAGGUGUCGAACCUAGAGGAGCAACUAGAAGCGGAGUCGCGCGAGCGACUAGCGCAGCAGAAGGCGUCGCGCAAGCUCGACAAGAAGAUGAAGGAACUCGCGCUGCAACUAGACGAGGAGCGGCGACAUGCCGACCAGUACAAAGAGCAGAUAGAGAAGAUGAACGCACGCGUCAAGGCACUAAAGCGCGCAGUAGACGAGGCGGAGGAGGAAGUGCAGCGGGAGAAAGUGGGCAAGCGCAAGGCGCAGCGCGAGCUCGAGGACCUGCUCGAGACGCACGAGACCAUGGCUCGGGAGUGCUCCAACCUGCGCAACAAACUCAGGCGGCAAGGCGGUCCCAUCGGCCUAUCAGGCGCGUCUUCGUCGUCGCGUGUGAAGCGCUCCUCGCUCGCGCCCGGAGCCGCGGGCGCCGCGUCGGGCGACGAGUCCUUCGACGACGGAACGGACGCCGCCAACUCGCUUGAGUGAUGGCUUCGUACCCACUUCGCUUAGGCUAAGGCCUGAGGCUGAGGUUCAAUGUUGAAAUCUAUAGAGCGUACUUAGGCUGACAUCUAUUGAGCCCACUUUGACUAUGCUCAGACUUAAGUUUCAGUUAAAACGAGACAGAUUUAUGCCAGCGGUAUAAUGUUGUCUCGUUUUAACAGUGUCUUAAGUCCGGGCAAAGUCAAAGUGCGCUCUAUAUUUCUCUGACUGAGACUUAAGACACUGUUGAAACGAGACAGCGUUAUAUCGUUAGUAAACCUGUCUCGUUUUAACUGAAACUUGAGUCUAGGAAAAGUCAAAGAAUGCUCUAUAGAUGUCAGCCCAAGAGUGUACAAUGACUUAAAAUUAAAGUUUAAACGGGAGAGAUAAUCGUGGUACGUACCCACUACGUACUUACAUUAUAAUGUUGCUGUUAAACCAUUAAAUAAGCUUAAAAUUAUUAGUGACUAUCUAUCUCCUUUUAACUGUAUACAUCAAGUCAAAGUACGCUCUGUUUGUCUCAGGGAGUGGCUAACUUAACCUAACGCUCGGCUAGCGUGCACUGGUUUUUCGUACCAUAAAAAUUUUAUACGCGGUUAAACUAACGUUGAGCCCGUUUAGCUCAUACGUGUUUAACGUCAGUUUAAACGUUGUUUAUGUUUUUGUGGUGCGGCCGUUAGUGUUUGUUUAAUUCGGUGUCCACGUAAAAUUCGCGUCUGCAAUUUAUAUGUCUUUGCAUCAUUUGAGUGGACGAUUCAGGACCUGUUUUUUUUAGGAUUGUAAAAAAAAUGUUGCACUUAGAUGUAUUUUUUUUGGUCUUUGAAGAAGUUGUUUUUUUGUAAACACCUUGUUAAUGAGUUGACGUAAAUUGUUUUGUAACUAUGUAUGUUUUUGAAAAAUAAAUUUUUAGAAAGCAAGGUAAGUGGCAGUGCUCUUUGAAUUAUCGAAAAUAAAAACAUCGUACUGAAUCGUUUAUUCAAAUUCUGCAGUGUAAGUUGUACCAAACUAAAGCACAUAUUUUGAGCCGUUUUUGUGGUUUUUGACACUGGCGUCAUAAAAUCUAAAAGUUACCAAUCUUUUGUGAGUUAAUUCAGCUAACUGGAUUUUGUGAAAAACUUAGAAAUCAUAUUUUGUAGAUAAUCAAAAAGGACCUCUAGCGGAUCUUAUCAGAACUGUUCCAUCAUAGAAAAUUGCGAUGAAACCGUUUGAAUAGUGUCACUGUCUUGUAUGUCACGUUUUACUUUUAAUCAAUCAAUCAGCCUGUUUACGUCCACUGCUGGACAUUGGCCUCCCCGAAAGCAAAGUAUUACUUUAGUUUAUUCAAAAACUUGCUCGGAACUCAGUUAUUAACGUAUUCAAAUGUUCUUAGUUUGGUCGACUUACGUCGUUUUGUAAAUCUCGUACAUUUAUUGUCGAUAGCUAUAAGUAAUGAAAACCGAACACCUAAUGUUGUAUCUACGAUUGAAAUUGCGUUUUGUUUUUCGAAAAUAAAUUUAGGAGCUGGUUGGCAAAACGGUGUAGUUGCACGAAAACUUUGGACUCAAUUUUGGCAUAGUUUUAUACUGUUUUGCUUGGAAAUGAGUUCAAUCAAGUUCAAUGGUAAAAAAAGUCCGAAGAAUUCAUGAAGACAAGACGUAUUUUGAUCAGAAGUGUAAUUAUACCGUUUUGUUUGCCAUCUUCGCAAUUUUUGUAUGUAUGCAUACAUUUAUUCAAAAUCCUUGUAUGACAUUCGAUGUGAUUUUACAAAAUUGUUUGAUUAUAUUAUACAUAAUAUUAUAAUAUAUAUUAUACAUUAGAAUCGAUCGCAAUACCGAUUGUACAUACAUUAUAAGGUUAUGAUAAUAUAAUGUCAGUUUUUAUAAUAAAGAUUUUUUGUACUAGGUAUUUUAAAGGUAGAAUAAAAUACUGCACCGAUAUUAAAACUGUUUACAAUUAACGACUGCGGAUUUGGUGCUCAUUUUUGAAAUGCAUUUAAAGUGACGUAAUUCAAUGGAAUGGUUUUUUCUUUCUUUACAACAUCUUUUACUUUUCAGUCUGUGCCUGUUUUAAUGUUUAACGUUUCUAUUCCAUUGUUAUUACGUCACAAUGUACAAAACCGUCAUAUACCCCUUUUGGGUUAGUUGUCAUAAGACUUAUUCGCAAAAUGACCUGUAGUCGUAAAAGGACAUAUUCGUGAUAGGCCAUAAUCUGAUAAUGCUCUAUUAGAGAAAUAAGGCUCAUGCAAAUACAGACAUAUUCUUAAAAAGGUGUAAGUAUAACUAAGUACAAACAAUUAAAGAAAAAAUUGUACAAAUCGUCUUUUAAUGUCUUAAGACUAACCAUAUUUAUAAUUGUUAUAAAUUGAAUUUUUAACCUAACUGAAAUUUUUCAAUGGGUCAUUUGGCAAUCAGGAUUUUUUUUUAGGAGUAAGUCAUUUUGCGAAUAGGCCCUAUGUCGACCAACUCUUCCAUUCCCCAUUCAUUCAGUUUAUUAAGUUGUUUAAGGAACAUCACUGAAUAUCAAUUUUUUUAUUCUCAAGAGAAUAAAUCGUCAUUUACUGAAAUGAUGAAAGUCCUUUAUCGUCAAAAAGGAGAAUCACAAAGGAGUGAUUCUCCUUUUGGAAAAGGAUAACACCAUUUAUGGACCUUACAGUUUAUUUGAGCUUAGGGGUUGUGUUGAACCGAAUUUAAACCAUUCACAGAAUUAAAACCGCUUUUUUAAAAGGAUUAUAAUUUUCUAAUUCUCCAAAUUAAUCCUUUUCUAAUGGGGAAAUUUAUGAUAAAGUGAUGUUUUAAGCAACUUUCAGCAAUACCUGCAUUAAAUAUCGAUCAUCGAGACAUUCCUCUAACAAUCGUGUUUUUUCACCCAUAAGGACUUAGUUCAGUGGGUGAAAAGUAUGUUAAAAUUACUUAAUUGGGUGAUAUUGUAAUAAAAUUAAACAUGUUUAGAGCGCCUUCAUUUUUUAAGAACUUUUUUAUAUGAUACUUUUUUAUAUGGUACUUGUACUGAACAAAAAAAUUUCAAAUUUCGUCACUGGCAGUAGGUAAGUGAACCAUGGCUUAGUGGUCAAAGUCGCUCCGGAUGCACUACCCAGGGAGACGCAGGUUCGAAUCCUGCCGUACUACUUCGUGCAGAAAAGGAUAGCACUGUAGACCUGUCAUUUGCAGGAAGUAUUGUACACCGUGCUUUAGAAAGAGAUAGCGGUUUUGUAGAGUGUUGUCUCUGUCGUUGAGACCGACAAAACGUCACAUAAGUGUGAGAGACAGAGACAACUGUACAAAGACGAAAUCCCUUUCAAAAAGUUGAUGUACAAUAUUUCCUGCCGGCUAUAACUGUAUGUACUAAUAGUCGGAGAUAGUAUUGUUAUUGUCUGAAUAAAAGAAAGCGAAGCGGAGUGGAGACAUAUUCAAAGUAUCCGCUACCCUUCGCUUUAGUGGACACAUCUUUAAACUGUAUUUUGCCAACAGAUAAAGAGUCAGCAAUAUAAUUGUCUUGCAUUAUUAUUUAUAUCUUGUGGGCAUCUCUAUAUAGAUGUUCGUAAGCGACAUGAUGUCUUAUAAGGAGUUCUUAUAACGUGAAGACGCUCAAGCGACAAGUAUUAGGUUUUGUGGCAAAUUAGAUUCGGUAUUGCAUUUAUCGCGAUUGAGUUAAAAAGACUGUUGUUGCGACAAUAUUUUAUUCAUUGACGUUUAACAAUUUCUUAGACCUACAGUUUUUUUUCCUUUUGGGACACUUCCAGAACCUUUCGGGAUUUUUAUUCCAUUACUAAAACUUAUGAGACAGAAAUAUUAUAUUGAUAAUGAACCCGAAUAGAUUUAACGGACUUUGGUUAAUGUAGGUAACUUUUAGUAAAAGAAAAUAUCUCUUAUUCGUGGGGUUGUUUCUUCACAGAUGUCAUUCGCUUUUAUUACAGCUUUCGUGCUAUGUUUGUCAUUUGCGAAUAAGUUGCUCAAUAACCCCUAAACGAUUAAGAUUAUGUUUACCUACCAUGUCACUAGAGCUUUCCAAGUUAACGUUAACUGUGUAUAAACGGCACGGUCGGGAAAAAUUCGGUUUGAUGUCCCCAUAGAAAUUUUUACACUACGGCCUCAUGUACCAUACUGUAACGCGUAGUAAAUUGAUAAAGAAACUAAUCGAACCGAAGCAGAACUUAUCAUUCCGUCUCACUCACACGCUAUGUAAAAGUGUACGGUGUAAAUGAGAUCGAAUGAUAAGCGCUGCUCUUAUCAUUGCGUUUAUUGGCAUGCAUUUACAAUCGUACCAUUUCGUUUAACCGUAUUAUUAUCGUUUAACCGUAAUUCGUAAUUACAUGGGAGUGUCCCCUUCAUACCAGGUGUAAAUAAAUAUCAGUGAAGGUGCACUGAGCGCUUAGUUGCCAUAAAAAAAUAAUCCUAGUUUAAGUAACGGUUAGCUGCUAGCUUCCGGCUAACUGAAUAUCCUUGGCGUGUCGUCCCAUACGAUGUGGGCAGACGAACUGUGUACUUACUGGAUUUAUUGAAAAGAUAUUAUUAUUUUUGGUAUUUUAGUUUUUUUAUUGUAUAAAAAUAUUCAUAUUUCAUGUCAAUGCGAAAUCUAUCGAGUAUUUUUAUCGACACGUCGAAUUUUUCUAAAAGACCCUUCUCCCUUUCCCCUAUUUACCUACUAGUUCGUCAGCGGAAUGUACAUACGCGCUGGCGGAAGUGUAACUUUUUUUACACUAGCUUUUGGUAUUAUUAUGAAGUUAUGCGCUAGAUCGCCGCUUGGUCUGUUCUAGAUUUAGGUAAGACUUAGUAAUAAAAUGUGGCCUUAGGUUUUUUAAUAUGGGACGCGUCACGCAAACGCCGCGUGGAUAUUUUAAAAUGUAUCUUGCAUCUUGUGAACAUUUUAUACUAUUGUAAUUUGUACCCGAGUCUUAAUUAUUAUUGUAACGAACUCUUUUUUAUUAUAUUAUGAUAGUUUUUUUGUUUCUGAAUAAUAAUAAUAUAAAAUUUAAAUGUAAGUAAACCAUUGAAGCAUAAACAUAUUUUACAUAAAUAUUAUAUUUAAUUAUUAACAAUAUUGAUAAUUGUAAAAUUGGCCAUAGGUUGUAACAAGUUAUCAGUUGGUAUGCCAAUUAAACAAUUUUUCAUGAUUUUUAA